AUGUCUAAAGACUUGCUUAUAGUUAGCAUUUUGAUCCUUUCUAUUGCUUCAUGUAACACAUGGGUUGCACAUGGUCAAAGUACCUUUGACCUUCUUAAAUUUGGUGCUAAAGGAGAUGGCCAAACCGAUGAUUCCCAAGCUAUUUUGAAUGCAUUGGAAGCAUUAUGUAGAGCUAGUGAUGAGAAUCCAACGCUAGUGGUGCCAAAUGGGCAUACAUUUUUUUUACGUCCAUUGAAAUUCAGUGGUCCUUGUCAGUCUAAAAAUAUUCAUAUCAAGAUUAUGGGAAAUCUUUUAGCACCCAACAGAAGUAAUUGGGGAGGGUGUGCAAUAAUAUGGUUUCAUCUCUUUAACAUAACUGGGUUGACAUUUGAUGGAACAGGAGUCAUCAAUGGUAGUGGUCAAGGCUGGUGGAGUAGGGUGAUUGGAACUGGAGACUGCUCUAGAAUACCUACGGCUUUAUAUUUCGAAAAAUGUGAUGGACUUCAAAUAAGUGGACUGACUCAUAUCAAUGGGCCUGGAGUACAUCUCUCAGUGGUGGAUAGCCAAGAUGUAACUAUCUCAAACAUUCACAUUAAUUCACCUGAAGAAAGUCACAACACUGAUGGAAUUGAUUUAACAAGGGUAAUUCGUGCCAAUAUUCACGACAGUGAUAUACAAAGUGGUGACGAUUGUAUUGCUAUCAAAGGUGGAACACAAUUCCUCAAUGUCAGUCAAGUUACAUGUGGACCUGGUACUCACGGUAUUAGUGUAGGGAGUCUAGGAAAAAAUGGUUCAGAGGAAUUUGUAGAUCAUUUGACUGUCAAAAAUUGUACAUUCAAUGGAGCCGAUAGUGCUGUUAAAAUCAAGACUUGGGCGGGUGGAAAAGGGUACGUCAGUAAUAUUGUCUUUGAUCAUAUCCAAAUAAAUCAAACAAAUUUUCCUAUAUAUAUUGACCAGCAUUAUAUGAGGUCCAAAGAACAGCCUCAAGCAGUAAAAAUAAGUAACGUGACAUUUAGUAAUAUCAAUGGAACAUGUGUUGGUAAAGAUGCUAUUGUGUUGGAUUGUGCCAAGAUAGGAUGUUACGAUAUUACCCUUCAACAAAUCAAUGUUACUUCAAUUAAUCCAAAGCAUCCAGCUCGUGUAAGAUGCAAUAAUGUUCAUGGGACAACCACUGAUAUCAUUUCACCUCGUGGGCAUUGUAUUUAAUACUAAACAGAUAGAGAGUGAACCAGCUUUUAUGAAGGAUUUGUUAU